UAAUGCAAUGAAAAAGUGAUUCAAAUAUUCUUAUAAGUUUUUAUAUUUUAUGUCAUGAAUUGAUAAUGCAACUAAAAGGUGAUUCAAAGAUUCUCACAUUUUUCAAUAUACUAUGACAUGAUUUGAUAAUGCAAUGAAAAGGUGAUUCAAAGAUCCUCACAUUUUUCAAUCUACUAUGACAUGAUUUGAUAAUGCAAUGAAAAGGUGAUUCAAAGAUUCUCAUAUUUUUCAAUCUAAAAUAAUGUGAUUUAAUAUUACAAUAAAAGUGAUUCCAAAAUGAUCUAUAUAUAGUAGAAAUCCUUGUUGAUUUUCACAAAUUAUAUUUUUACUUCACACUCUAAGUUUCUUCUUUUAAAAUGAAUUACAAUUUCACAAAUUCACCUCUACAUUUGAGUUCUUCUUCAUCCUCUUCAGAUGAUGAUGUUGAAAAUGUAGAAAUGAUUAAUAGUCUCGAGCAAGAAGAAUGGGCGAUACAUUCUGCUAUCGAAAAUAACAAUGCGGUAAUAGAAUACCUACGUAAUCCACAAAGCAGCCAUGUGAUUCAUGGAGGCUCAGUUCCUGGACGUUCUUUUAUCCAUCGAGAUCGAGAAAGCGCGCAUUGCAGAUUGUUCAACGACUAUUUCUCAGAGAAUCCAAUUUACAACGACACCAUGUUUCGUAGGAGAUAUUGUAUGUCUCGUUCUUCAUUCCUUCGUAUUGUUAAUGUUGUCGAAGACCAUGACAACUACUUUAGACAGCGAAAGGAUACAACUGGAAGACUUGGUUUAUCAUCUCUCCAGAAAGAAACAACCGUCUUUCGGGUGCUAGCUUAUGGUUUGCCCGCUGAUGCUACUGAUGAAUACAUCAAAAUUGGUGAAUCAACAGCAAUCGAAAGUAUGGGAAGAUUUUUUCGGGCUAUUGUGGAAAUAUUCUCAGAGGAAUACUUACGAUCCCCAGCACCUGCCGAUGUUUCAAGACUUCUGAAGAUUGGUAAAGAGCGAGGGUUUCCGGGAAUGUUGGGUAGCUUAGAUUGCAUGCACUGGAAGUGGAAAAAUUGUUUGACCGCUUGGGCUAGACAAUAUGCAGGUCGUAGUACAUCACCAACUAUAAUUCUUGAAGCUGUUGCGGAUUAUGAUCUUUGGAUAUAACAUGCAUAUUUCGGGAUGUCGGACAACAAUAAUGAUAUCAAUGUCUUGGAGUCUUCACAUCUUUUCUUCAAUCUCGCUCAAGGUAUUGCACCUCCCGCUCAUUAUAUCAUUCAAGGCAAAGAAUAUAAUAUGAGUUAUUAUUUGGCCGACGGUAUAUAUCCAAAAUGGUCUACCAUAGUGCAAACUAUUCAUGAGCCAGUGAGUUCAAAGAAGAAAUAUUUUGCUACACAACAAGAAGGAACGUGCCUUUGGAGUUCUUCAAUGUUGCAAUUGUGAAAAGACCAGCUCGUUUUUGGAAAAAAAGAUGUGCAACAUGACAUAAUGACUACAUGUAUAAUUCUACAUAACAUGAUAAUUGAAGAUGAGCGUGAUCUUGAUACUCCAAUUGAAGUUGGUGUAGAAGUUCCAGUUCUAGAGGUUGAUGAGCAUGAUAAUAUUCGUUUUCAAUAAUUUUUGGCUCGAUUUAGAAG